AUGGCGGCGGCGGCGGCGAGCGGGGCUGGCGGGGCUGCCGGGGCCGGAGCGGGGGGAGCCGGGCCGGCGGGCCGCCUGCUGCCUCCGCCUGCCCCGGGGGCCCCGGCCGCUCCCGCUGCUGUGCCCCCGGCGGCUGGCGCGCCGCGCCCCGCAGCCCCGGCCUCUCGCGGGCCGAUGCCCGUGCGCAUCGGUUACUACGAGAUCGACCGCACCAUCGGCAAGGGCAACUUCGCGGUGGUCAAGCGGGCCACGCACCUCGUCACCAAGGCCAAGGUUGCUAUCAAGAUCAUAGACAAGACCCAGCUAGAUGAAGAAAAUCUAAAGAAGAUUUUCCGGGAAGUUCAAAUUAUGAAGAUGCUUUGCCAUCCCCAUAUCAUCAGGCUCUACCAGGUUAUGGAGACAGAACGGAUGAUUUAUCUAGUGACGGAAUAUGCUAGUGGAGGGGAAAUAUUUGACCACCUGGUGGCCCAUGGCAGAAUGGCAGAAAAGGAGGCCCGUCGGAAGUUCAAACAGAUUGUCGCAGCUGUCUAUUUUUGUCAUUGUCGGAACAUUGUUCAUCGUGAUCUAAAAGCAGAAAAUUUGCUUCUGGACGCCAACCUAAAUAUCAAAAUAGCAGAUUUUGGCUUCAGUAACCUCUUUACUCCUGGGCAGCUGCUGAAGACCUGGUGUGGUAGCCCUCCCUAUGCUGCACCUGAACUCUUUGAAGGAAAGGAAUAUGAUGGGCCCAAAGUAGACAUCUGGAGCCUUGGAGUCGUCCUCUAUGUGCUUGUGUGUGGUGCCUUACCAUUUGAUGGGAGCACACUGCAGAAUCUGCGGGCCCGGGUGCUGAGUGGAAAGUUCCGCAUCCCAUUUUUUAUGUCCACAGAAUGUGAGCACUUGAUCCGCCACAUGCUGGUGUUAGACCCAAAUAAGCGCCUCUCCAUGGAGCAGAUCUGCAAACACAAGUGGAUGAAGCUAGGGGAUGCCGAUCCCAACUUUGACAGGUUAAUAGCUGAAUGCCAACAAUUAAAGGAAGAAAGGCAGGCGGACCCCCUGAAUGAAGAUGUCCUCUUGGCCAUGGAGGACAUGGGGUUGGACAAAGAGAGGACACUACAGUCAUUAAGAUCAGAUGCCUAUGAUCACUAUAGUGCAAUCUACAGCCUGCUGUGUGAUCGACAUAAGAGACAUAAAACGUUGCGUGUUGGAGCACCUGGCAUGCCCCGAGCCAUGGCCUUUCAAACACCAGUCAAUAUCCAGGCGGAGCAGGCAAGUACCACGGUGAAUAUCAGCGUUCCCCAGGUGCAGCUGAUCAAUCCAGAGAACCAAAUUGUGGAGGCGGAUGGCACAGUGAACUUAGACAGUGAUGAGGGUGAAGAGCCUUCCCCUGAAGCACUGGUCCGCUAUUUGUCAAUGAGGAGGCACACAGUGGGGGUGGCUGACCCACGCACGGAAGUUAUGGAAGAUCUGCAAAAGCUCCUACCUGGCUUUCCCGGAGUCAGCCCGCAGGCUCCGUUCCUGCAGGUGGCUCCCAACGUGAACUUGGUGCAUAACCUGCUGCCCAUGCAGAGUCUGCAGCCAGCUGGGCAGCUGGAGUACAAGGAGCAGUCCCUGUUACAGCCACCCACCCUACAGCUGCUGAAUGGGAUGGGCCCCCUUGGCCGGAGGGCAUCAGAUGGAGGAGCCAACAUCCAACUGCAUGCCCAGCAGCUGCUGAAGCGCCCACGGGGACCCUCCCCGCUUGUCACCAUGACACCAGCAGUGCCAGCAGUUACCCCUGUGGACGAGGAGAGCUCGGAUGGGGAGCCAGAUCAGGAAGCUGUGCAGAGGUACUUGGCAAAUAGGUCCAAAAGACACACACUGGCCAUGACCAACCCUACAGCUGAGAUCCCACCGGACCUACAACGGCAGCUAGGACAGCAGCCUUUCCGUUCCCGGGUCUGGCCUCCUCACCUGGUACCUGAUCAGCAUCGCUCUACCUACAAGGACUCCAAUACCCUGCACCUCCCUACGGAGCGUUUCUCCCCUGUGCGCCGGUUCUCAGAUGGGGCUGCAAGCAUCCAGGCCUUCAAAGCUCACCUGGAAAAAAUGGGCAACAACAGCAGCAUCAAACAGUUGCAGCAGGAGUGUGAGCAGCUGCAGAAGAUGUACGGGGGGCAGAUUGAUGAAAGAACCCUGGAGAAGACCCAGCAGCAGCAUAUGCUAUACCAGCAGGAGCAGCACCAUCAAAUUCUCCAGCAGCAAAUUCAAGAUUCUAUCUGUCCUCCUCAACCUUCUCCACCUCUUCAGGCUGCAUGUGAAAAUCAGCCAGCCCUCCUCACCCACCAGCUGCAGAGGUUAAGGAUUCAGCCUUCAAGCCCACCCCCCAGCCACCCCAACAACCAUCUCUUCAGGCAACCCAGUAAUAGUCCUCCCCCCAUGAGCAGUGCCAUGAUCCAGUCUCACGGUGCUGCAUCUCCUUCCCAGUUUCAAGGCUUACCAUCCCGCAGUGCAGUCUUCCCCCAGCAGCCUGAGAACUGUUCUCCUCCUCCGAACGUGGCACUAACCUGCUUGGGCAUGCAGCAGCCCCCCCAGGCACAGCAGGUAACCAUCCAAGUGCAGGAGCCUGUCGACAUGCUCAGCAACAUGCCAGGGACAGCUGCAGGCUCAGCUGGGCGGGGCAUUUCCAUCAGCCCCAGUGCCAGUCAGAUUCAGAUGCAACAUCGUACCAAUCUGAUGGCCACCUUCAGCUACGGGCACCGGCCUUUGUCCAAGCAGCUGAGUGCUGACAGUGCAGAGGCCCACAGCUUGAACGUGAAUCGGUUCUCCCCUGCCAACUACGACCAGGCGCAUUUACACCCCCAUCUGUUUUCGGACCAGUCCCGGGGUCCCGCCAGCAGCUACAGCCCUUCAACGGGAGUGGGGUUCUCUCCAACCCAAGCCCUGAAAGUCCCUCCACUUGACCAAUUCCCCACCUUCCCUCCCAGUGCACAUCAGCAGCCACCGCACUAUACCACAUCAGCACUACAGCAGGCCCUUCUGUCCCCCACGCCACCAGACUAUACAAGACACCAGCAGGUACCCCACAUCCUUCAAGGACUUCUCUCUCCCCGGCAUUCGCUCACCGGCCACUCGGACAUUCGACUGCCCCCAGCAGAGUUUGCACAGCUCAUUAAAAGGCAGCAGCAGCAGCAACGACAGCAGCAGCAGCAGCAACAGCAAGAAUAUCAAGAGUUGUUCAGGCAUAUGAACCAAGGGGAUGCUGGGAGUCUGGCUUCCAAUCUUGGGGGACAGGGUAUGACAGAGCACCAGGCUUUACCUUAUCAAAACGUUGACUCAUAUCACCACCACCACACCAGCCCCCAGCACCUUCUACAAAUCAGGGCGCAAGAAUGUAUCUCACAGGUUUCUUCACCCACCCCAACCCACGGGUAUGCUCACCAGCCAGCACUAAUGCAUUCAGAGAGCAUGGAAGAGGACUGCUCGUGUGAGGGGGCCAAGGAUGGCUUUUUAGACAAUAAGAGUUCAAAUACAUUGACCAAAGGUUGCCACGACAGCCCCCUGCUCUUGCGUACCAGUGGACCUGGGGACCCUGAAUCUUUACUAGGAACUGUGAACCAUGCACAGGAAUUGGGGAUACAUUCGUACCGACAUCAGCCAACUGCUGCAUUCAGUAGAAAUAAGGUUCCCAGCCGAGGAUCACAGCAUUUAUCCUGAACAAAGCCAGACGCGGCAUCCAUUCCAUCAUCAACAGGUCUUGCAGUUUACCACUCUUCACUGUUGCCAUCCAAGAGAAUAAAUAAUGAGUUUAUCUAUAAAAUAUACGACCCUGAAACUGAGCAUUUCUUCUCAUCAUCCCCUUGUGGAGCCUCCCGGAUCUCCUGCCCUGUCCUUUAAUGUCAAGCACACAAAACAAAAUUCCUAGGGGGAUUAGAUCCUGCAGCACAGAAGCAGGACUGAAGACCUUGCUCUAAAGCAAGUUAUGUGAAAAAGACAGUGAUUUCCUAGGUUGUGCUUAUUAUGCAGCUAUAGGGAGGGAGGGAGGUGUGGGUUCAUGAACAGCCAGUUAGAUCUUGGACUUUUGAACAGAUAGAUGUUAUCUGGUUCCCAGGACUUCUGCACCAAUCACACAUAAUGCUAUGUACUUUUAGAUGAACAAGUCAGACAAGAACACCCAGAAGUGAAUAAGGACGGUGGGAGGUUUCAGAACCAGGUCAUGUGUGGCAUGGUUGACAGAUGUGGCGAUGUUUAGGCUCGAGGGGAAAAAUCCUAAGGAGAAAUAUUAUACCUGGAAGAGGGAUUAGACUUCUGGGUUUAUAUCAUGGGGCAGAACCAAGAUCAGGGUAGAAGUUGCAGCAAAUUCAACUCCCUGUGGAAGACCUUCAUAAGGACUUAAAACAGAGCGGGCUGCCUCAGCAGCCUUGGAGCUCCCUGUCAUGGGAGCGUUCUAGCAGAGGUGAGAUGAUGCUAUCACGGAUGCUGUGGAGAGGAUUCUUGUCUGGAUGAGUGCUUUCAGCAGAUUAGCAUUCCAUAGUUGGAGUGAAAAGAAGGGGAGUAGCAGAUGUUUCUGUAAUGCUUUCCAUGCACCAGACACCAGAUGCUUUACAUGUGCAAAUUCAUUUCACAACAACCCUAUGAGGUAGUAACAUCCCCAUUUUACCAACGAGGCGGCUGAGGCACAGAGAAAUUAAGUAGCCUGCCCGCGGUCAGUGGCUAAUUAAUUAGUGGCAGCUGCAUCUGAGUUCGUCCGUUCACUCCAACAGAUGCUUACUGAGCAUGCCGUGGGUGUGCAAGGCUUUGUGUCAGGCACUGGGGAGAGAGCCAAGAUGAAGCAAAUAGUAUAUCCUUUACACCUACCCCCUACCCUGGAUUGCCUCUUGAAAUGUUUUUCUUCAAAAAUGAUUUCCUCUAGUUUCUCUUCACUUUUUUCUCCUGUGUGAUGCCUACGUACAGAAACGCUAGAGGGCUUAAAUUUUGCCGGUAUCUCCUAGUAUGUCCCAUAAGUGUCAGCAGGGCCCUCCUUUGGCAGGCUUGCUGGUCUACAUAGUAUCUCUAAAGUAAGGCAGACUGUGGUUGGUACAAGUGAUGUGGGAACACCAGGGGAGGAAGAAAUUAGCUCAAAUCAAAGGAAUACAGUAGGUUUCUAGCAGCAAGUGGUUUGGGGGCUGGUUCUUGAUGAAGAGGAUUUUACUGUUUGGAUUUAGGGGAGAAGACCUUCCGGGUAGUGGAAGAGACAUAAGGAAAGACUGUUAUUUUUGUGUGCCAUUCACUCAAUUUCAACUCAUAGUGACCCUAUAGAACGGAGUAGAACUACCCCCACAGGGUUUCCAAGGCUGACAUCUUUACAAGAGCAGAUGUCCAGGUCUUUUCUCCUGCAGAGUGGCUGGUGGGUUCGAACUACUAACUUUUUAUUAGCAGCGGAGCACUAAACAAUUGCAUCACCAGGGAUCCUUAAGGAAAGACUAGUGAGUGAGAAUGUUCCAGGGAAAGCAAGGAGCCUGCAUUGGUUUCAGAUGUGGUGGAAGCUAAAGCCAGAGGUUUUCUAAAAUACAGAAUAUCAUCCAGACCCAGCUGAAAUGUACAAGAAUAGUGCACCACUGCUCAGUUCUCCUGGCACUUUGAAAUCAAUACACAGUCCCUGUCAUAUCCCAUCUUUUAAGUCUAAAGCCUUUACUUCAGGUCUGUACUUCGUGGGUAUGGUUCUUGUGACAGAUCCAUCCUGCUGCUUCCUCUAGUUGAGUUACCAUCAUCACCUCUCUCCUCUCUCCUCCUUCACCCUCGCUUUUACCUCUACCACCAUCACUGCCAUCGCCCCCCAUAGACAUCUCUCCUGGCUUCUGGAAGAGUCAGGCAGUUAUAGCUCUUUAACGGUUUGGGUUCAAAACCACCCAGUCUUUGUAGCUUCAUCAUCAGCUUUGCUGGUGUCCUCCCUGAAAAGACGUCUUUUUCUUUCUUUUUGACCUUUGAUAUGAGCUUUUCUGAAAGCUGUAAUCUUAGUUCCUGCCCUGCUUACCAAGGCAUUGUAGAGAUUCUCCUUCCUUCUUUCUUUCCAGUUUACUCUGAAAGGCCCCCUUUCACAGCCACGGAACAUGCCUUUUCUUGCUUGAGUACUACCUAUCUCGCCCCUUUCAAACAUGUACUUCUGCCUUGUGACUUUUGGAGCCACGUGUGCACAUAUUGUUAAUGAUAAAGCCACAGAUUUAUUAUUAUGUGAAUUUAGGAUCCAGUGUAGUGAAAUAAUGAAAUAGAGAAAAUAAUGUCCUAAUGAAGCCAGUGAUACUCCAGAGUUCAAAUCCAUGCUCACUUUUCUGUGCCUCUCGGGUACACAUCUGUGUGUUUAAAAAUAUUUCUUAUUCUGAGGAUCCCCCAUUGUUCCAACCUUAAACAGCUCUUACUCGGAGGCCAGGGGCCUGUCACGUAACCUGUCUUCCACUUCUUCAUCUGUGUAAUGAGAGCUCAAUGCCGCCUAAGAGAAGGAGAGCAGAAUUAAUAUUCCUGUGUCUACUCUGUGUCUCACUGUGCUUGGUGCUUUCCACUCCAUUUCUCCUUUGUUUUUCACACCCACCCGGGGAAGUAUACGUUAUGAUCCCCUUUUACAGUAGAAACUGAGACUCCACAAUCUUCCUGCUUUAGCUUGACAUGAUCCUAUUAUUUUAAAAACUUGAGAUCUCACAUUUAUACUUUACCAGAGAAUCAUCAGAUAAUUUGCUGUCAUUUUUGCUAAGAGAGGGUUAUAAUACCCCAUACCCACUGUGCUGCAGGCAAUGGGGGAGCCCACACAUGUUUAUCUCUUUGGACAGGAAGAAAUGUCUGGCAUUUCCUUUAAUGGUACCUCCAUCACAGUGAAGUUACACACCAGUCCCAAAAUGCUUCAAUUGUUAUUUCCCUAAAGAACCAAAUUCAACAAUAUUUAUUGAAUGGCAAUGCUGUAAACCCUGUUGCUGUUGAUUCAGACUCAUAGCAACUCUACAGGAUAGAGAAGAACUGCCCCAUAGGGUUUCCAAGGAGCGGCUGGUGGAUUCAACCGCCGACCUUUUGGUUAGCAGCCAGACGCUUAACCACAGUGCUACCAGGGCUCCUGGCUAUGCUGUACAAGACUAUAUUGUAGAUGAGAUGCUGAGGAGAACACAGAGAUGGAAAGACAAAGAACCCGCCCCAGGGAGCUUAUACUCUACUGCGUGGUGGGGGGCGGGGUAGUAAAACAGGCUCAUAGGCAGCUUUAACAUGACAGGCUAUGUAAUGAGUGCUGUUAAGAGGUAUAGUUAAAGAGCACAGCUAGUGUGAUAUUGCUAAAAUUUCUGAAGAGCAGAUAAUCAGUGAUUGCUGGUGUUACUCAAGGAAAAUGAGAUGCCACCUUACGUGCAUGCCACCAACCAGUGUGGGCUGCCAGAGUACUGAGCAGGCAGCGUGCCAAAGGCUUGUUUCACUGUGUCCAUGUUUUAGAGCACACCCCAUGCUGCCUAUAAUCUCCCUGUCUGCUUCUCUAGAAGUAAAAAGAAGGUUUAUCUUCCUCCCACAGUAUUACACACACUUGAUGUUUCCUUUGCAAAUAAAUAAGUACAACAGCAUACCCAGUUUACACAGUGAGAUUAGCAACUUGACCUCUCAAAGAAAACCACAUCCUCUUUUCUCUGAGCUGUCAGCUUCAGCAAUAUAAGUGAACUUUGGGUCUUUCAGAGAGGUGAAACAAUGGCAGCCUGCAGGGGUUUGCGCCUCAGAGCCUUUAGGAGAUCACACAUGGCAUUUCUCUCAUUUUCUCUUAAGCCCCAGUAAAUGAGUAAGGACGAGUCAACAUUGACAGAUUCAACAGGGUUGUGCAAGCUGCCCCAGAGUUCCCCGGGCAGGUGGGUGGUGAGCAGUGUGUCCGUUUGUGCAUUUUUUCCCCUCGCGUGAUCGAAUGAUCAUCCCACCCUCUGUACUCUCUCAGCUUUACUUUGGUAAAUACCCAAACAUUGCUGCUCUCAGAAGUCACUUUUUCCACAUUAGUUAAGUGCCUUUUGGUCAGCUGAACGAUUCCUUCAGCUGUUGAAAGAGCAUGAAGGAUGCCCGAGGUUUGAGCCUGAAUCUCCUGUCCCUUUGUCAGUGGGACAGUCUAUUUACACCCUCCAGCCAGUCAGUAGGUCUCAUCUAGUAAAAUGACCUCUACACUUAGAAGUCAGUGUUUUUACUAAAAAUAUUUACUUGUGUAGUCCUCUACAGUUAUGAAGAGCUUUUCACAUGCAUUAUCUUUUUUGAGGCUCCAAACAACUCUGAUUUUUCAGCCAGGAAACUGAGGCUAGGAGAGGUAAAUGACACACCCAGGGUCAUACACUCUGCUAGAGCUGGAUUCCAACCGCAAAUUUUUAUUCCCUAGUCUUACAUUCUAGAAGCCCUGGUGGUACAGUGGUUAAGAGCUCGGCUACUAACCAAAAGGUCUGCAGUUGAAAUCUACCAGCUUCUCUUUGGAAACCCUAUGUAUGGGGCAGCAGUUCUACUCUGUCCUAUAGGGUCACUAUGAGUCAGAAUAGACUCGAUGGCUAUGGGUUGGUUGGUUGUAGUCUUAUCUUCUUUCCUUCAUGCCUCCUUGACUCCCAUUCUACACCCGCUAAACACACCUGCCAAGCGGAGAUGCUUGCCCUUGCAUCUCUUUGACCUGUUCAUAUAUAGGAACUUGAGCAAAUGGAGCCCUGGUUUGUUACCCAUUUCCUAUUAACACACUUCUUUUCCCUCUGGUUUUUAACUCGCGUUUGUCUCUCCUGGAGCCCUGGUGGCACAGUGGUUAAGUGAUAUGGCUGCUAAUCGAGAAGUCAGCAGUUCAAAUCCAUCAACUGCUCCUUGGAAUCCCUAUGAGGAAGCAGCUCUACUCUGUCCUUUAGGGUCGCUGUGGGUUGGAAUUGACUUGACGGCAGUGGGUUUGGUUUUUGGGUUGGUGUCUCUCCUAUCAGAGGCUUCAUCUCUAAAAAUUUAAGUUUUUUUAGUUUUUUAUUGUACAUUAGGUGAAAGUUUACAGAGCAAAUAGUUUCCCACUCGACGGUUAGUACACGAAGUGUGCCAUGACAUUGGUUUCAUUCCCCAUGGUGUGCCAGCACUCUCCCCAUUUCCGUCCUUGAAAAUUAAAGUUUCAGUAACUCAUUCGUUCACUUAAAUAUAGGUAAAUUGGCCCCAUCGUUCUGGAAGGAGGGUCCUGGGAUAAAAUCAGUUUCUUGUUUUUGUUGACUGGCUCGAUAAUGCCCUUGUUGUUGUUACUUGCCAUCGAGUUGAUUCCGACUCAUGGUGACCCCAUUUGUUGUUAGCCACUCAGAAAUAACAUGCCUGAAAUGAUUGUAAGUGACAGUCUUUACUAAGCUCUUACACUCUACUAAGCACUUUACAUACCUGUGGAGUAAGUCCUGUUUUACAGAUAAAUAAACUCAGGCCCAGAGAAGUUGGAUAACUUACCCAGGAUCCCAUUCCUCAGGAAAUAGUAAGGCAAGGAUUCUGACCCCAGAGCUUACGUUCAUGACCACUAUGCUCAACUCCAGCCUGGUUGAAGGAUGAGCUGUAAGCUAGGGAGUCAGGAAGGCUUAUCAUAGGAUUUGCCAGGUGAUCACUUGGUGUCACCUUCAGGUCUGUGGGCAUCAGACUUGAAGACCAGGGAGAGCAGACAAGGAUCAUAUGGACCUGUAAAGGCAGAGCCAAAAGAAGAGUUGGUGUUUUGGUUUGGAGAAACCCCAUUCUCAGGAAUAAAAAUAAAUGUUAAAAAAAAAAGAGGUAAAGGCAACUUACUGUAUCUCAAACAGACAGAAACAAUGAGGCCUCCAGAAGAGGUGGGCAGGAACUAAAUACCAAAGACCAGGACAGUAUAAAUUUUGUUAUCUUUGCCAUUUCCUUGUACUUGUUAAUGAGCCUAUAAAAACCUUUAAACAGGAGAGCUCUCACACGUGCCUUUAGGGGGAGCAAGGAGGUUGGACUGGAGAGGUGUGUAUCCAGCUCCAUAACCCCAAGGAAUAGAGUGGAUGGGGUAGAUAUCAAAGAAGGGAAAACAGGCGUUGGGAAAUACUGUGAAAAAAUAAGAAGCACUGAUCUUGUUGCAAAGUAGAACAAGGAGUCAGUUCCUUGAUCCAUAGAGCCAGUGUUGCACCUCUUCCUAACAGGGGUUUUUGUUUGGCCCCCGGGGCCAGCAUGUGAGCUGUGCCCACUGAGAGAAAUUAAACUGGGUGGGUAAGAUGGGUGAGCUCAUUCCAUAGAGCAAGUCCUAGUGUAGGCUUUCUUUUAUCUUCCUUCUCCUGUCUUUCUGCUUUUGGUAGCAAAAUAGUUGGGUUUUGGCUAUUCCUUUGACCUCUUUGCUCAGAGAAUUUUCAAAAGACUUUUCACUUGCCUUCACCUUUACUAGUCAGGAAGUGCCCUCCUCCUCUAAUUUUUCUCCAUAAUACCUUGCAUUACUAGCAACGUGCAUGUCAGGUAGUUCUCCCUUCCAGUCAUACCUGUGCGCCUCAGCCCAGGCCUUACCCUGAUUGAUAUAGGAGAGAUGUGGCCAUUUGAAUAUAUAGACCUGAAAGCCUUUACCCAACCAUCAGUAUGUUUUGUUUUCAUUGUUCAAAUAGAUAUUGAAUGGCACAGUAACCAUUAGGGCUAUUUCCUAUUAAGAAUGAAAAAAAAACUUGGUUUCACCAGGAGUCGGUUCAUCAAAAAAUAAGCCCAAUAAUCACCAAGGAGCUUUAACUUAAAAAACUAACCAGGCAAGCAAAACAUAUGUUCCAGUCUCUAGCUCUUAAAGACUGGAGCCAAGAGUGGUACCAGGAGGAUCCUGUCAACUUAGGUAUGGCCCUGACAUUCUUCUUGACCAUUUUUGGUCAAGAAGAAAUACUCAUUCCUUUUGAACUCCUCGUUCUUUCCAAAAUCCAGUCCAUAGAGUCUAUUAAAAUCAGUAAAAGAAAUAAUUACUAAAUACCUACUGGGUUUAGGAGAAUGUUCUGGAACACUGAUGGCUUACAGGAUGCAUUAAGAUACAGUUCUUACCCUCAAGGACCUUACAGUCUAAUAGGAAUGAUUAAGACAAGUAUGCAGUUGAACAUGGUACCAGGGAUAAUGUUUGAGCUAAGAGAGACUAGGAAAGUCUUCUGAAGUUUAAAGGAAAAAAAGGUCUGUUUCCAUUUGAGAGAAAGGGAAAGUUUCAUAAAGAAGGUGACAUUAAGAUGGAACCUAGAAGGCUGAGUUGAUUUGGAUUGGUAUGAAUGAAAGUGGAAAAAUCAGGCAUUUCCAGGUAGAGCAAAUGCACAGAAUUGUGAAUAGGUGAAGAGUUAAGUGAUCCUGUCUGACUAGAGCUUAGAAUGUGCAGCAGAGAGGAAUAUAAAAUAGGCCGGGGCAGUGUUGUAAAGAGAAAAGUGUUUGGGCUACCCUGUAGAAAAAUUCUUCUUUGUAGGGUAGUGGGAGGGAGGGUGGUUAGGAGGCUAUUACAGUAAUAUAGGCAAGAGUAAUAGGGCCUCCACUGAAGCAGUGAGGUUGGAAAGAAGGGAACUAGAAGUGACCAGCAUGGCAGAGUUGGGUUCUUUAGAUUUCAGGCUGAUACAGGAUCAAGAGUGAGGAAUCAGCAGUGACCCUGAGAACUCAUACCUGUAAGGUUAGGAAAAUGGGACAUACAACAAGGAUGUCUGAAGGAGGCGAGCGGGUUGCAGGGGAAUUUGAUGAGCUUGGAAUUGGGCAUGUUAAGUGUUAGGUGCUUGUUAGAUAUUCAGGGAAAGAUAUCUUGUAAAUAGUUGGAAUUAUGGAUCUGGAGCUUUUUAAAAAUAGUGUUUUAGCAAAUUCUUUACAUAGAGGCAAGAGUUGAAGCCAUGAAAAUAGGUGAUAUUGCCAAAGUAAGAGUGGAGAGAGAGAAGGUUGAGGAUAGAAAUGUGAAGAGUACUUUACUUGUAAACAGCAGAGGAAUCACAGGAAAUGCUGGAAGCAGCAGUUAGAGAAGAAAAAGAGGAGAAGACUGGGGUGGUACAUGAGGUGGAAGGAAACCAAGGAAGGAGAGAGGAGGCAUCCACAGAAGGGAGGCCACCCUCCCAGGUAGGAGGUUCCUAAAAGCUCCCAAAGGGAUUCCUAUGUGCAUCUAGGUUUGGGAACACAGCACUGUCAACAGAAAAAUGAAAAAAAUAGAGUUCAGUGUGACUCAGCUGACCCUUGAGAAUGUGGGAUUUUUCUCCUAAGGAUAUGAUCCCCUCCUAAAGGGACUCAUAUUUGCCAUAGGAUUUAGGGGCUACCAGGCUGGUCUUCUGAGCACCAUCACCAGCCAGUUGAGGACUAGCAUUUGGGCCACAUGUUGGUAUUCACCAUUGCUCACUGUUCCCCUUGCAAGACAUUUCUUUGAUGAAAGCUUACAAUGUUGGGAGAAACUAGGUCUGCUGAGCCUAUUCUGCCGUCU